GCUGUCCCCUCCCGUGCCGGUGCCCCUCCCCUUCCGGCAGCGAUGGCGGCGGCGGGACUGGCGGGGCUGGGUCCCGGCGAGGCCGCGGCGGCCGCUCAGGCGCUGUCGCUGCCCGCGGAGAGCUUCGGCAACGACCCCCGCGUGGAGCUGGCCUGGGCCAUGAAGGCGCAUCAGCACGCUGAGGUCUACUUCAACCUCAUCUCCUCCGUGGAGCCCAAGUUCCUGAAGCUCACCCAGGUGGACGAGCGGAUCUAUGAGGAAUUCCGCAGAACCUUCCGGAACCUGCGCGUGGACGUGCUGGACCCCGAGGAGCUGAAAUCUGAGGCAGCCAAGGAGAAGUGGCGCCCGUUCUGCCUCAGCUUCGAGGGCGUGGUGGAGGAUUUCAACUUCGGGACUCUGCUGCGCUUGGACUCGCGCGGGGAAUACUCGGAGGAAAAUUCCAUCCUGGCCACCAGGAUCCAGUUCCUGGCCAUCGAGAUCGCCCGGAACAGGGAGGGCUGCAAUGAACACGUGCACAGGAGGGGAAGAGGGGAAGGGAUGGGGGAGAGGAGCCACGGGGUGGAAUCCUGAAAUAAAUCCUGAAAAACUGCCAUGAAUCCUGAAAGAACUUCUAUAAAUCCUGAAAAACUGCAGUAAAUCCUGAAAAACUGCCAUGAAUCCUGAAAACACUUUUAUAAAUCCUGAAAAACUGCAGUAAACCCUGAAAAACUGCAAUGAAUCCUGAAAGAACUUCAAUUAUACUGAAAGGACUUCUAUAAAUCCUGAAAGGAUUCAAUGAAUCCUGAAAAACUGCAAUAAAUCCUGAAAGAACUUCUAUAAAUCCUGAAAAACUGCAGUAAAUCCUGAAAAACUGCAAUAAAUCCUGAAAAACUGCAAUGAAUCCUGAAAGGACUUCUAUAAAUCCUGAAAAACUGCAGUAAAUCCUGAAAAACUGCAAUGAAUCCUGAAAGAACUUCAAUUAUACUGAAAGGACUUCUAUAAAUUCUGAAAGGAUUCAAUGAAUCCUGAAAAACUGCAAUAAAUCCUGAAAAACUGCAGUAAAUCCUGAAAACACUUUUAUAAAUCCUGAAAAACUGCCAUGAAUUCUGAAAUGACUUUUAUAAAUCCUGAAAGGAUUCAAUGAAUCCUGAAAAACUGCAAUAAAUCCUGAAAGAACUUCAAUUAUACUGAAAGGACUUCUAUAAAUUCUGAAAGGAUUCAAUGAAUCCUGAAAAACUGCAAUAAAUCCUGAAAACACUUUUAUAAAUCCUGAAAAACUGCAGUAAACCCUGAAAAACUGCAAUGAAUCCUGAAAAAACUUCAAUUAUACUGAAAGGACUUCUAUAAAUUCUGAAAGGAUUCAAUGAAUCCUGAAAAACUGCAAUAAAUUCUCAAAGAAUUCCUAUAAAUCCUGAAAAACUGCAGUAAAUCCUGAAAAACCUCAAUAAAUCCUGAUAAAACUGCACUAAAUCCUGAAAGAAUUCAAUAAAUCGUGACAGGAUUCAAUAAUCCUGAAAGAACUUCGGUAAAUCCUAAAAUGAUUUUAAUAAAUCCUAAAAGGACUUUUAAAAGAACUUAAAUAAAUCCUAAAAUUACUUUUAUAAAUCCUGAAAGAACUUUAAAAAAUCCUAAAAUGAUUUUAAUAAAUCCUAAAAGACCUUGAAUAAAUCCUAAAAGAACUUUUAUAAAUCCUAAAAUGAUUUUAAUAAAUCCUAAAAUGAUUUUAAUAAAUCCUAAAAUUCCUGCUAUAAAUCCAGAAAUGAAUUUAAUAAAUCCUAAAAGAACUUUAAUAAAUCCCAAAAUUAUUUUAAUAAAUCCUAAAAGUUCCCUAAACUGUAGAUUUUUUUUUCCUUAAAACUUAUUUAAACCUAAAAACCCCAAAACCCCCAAACCUCCCACCCCAAAACCUCAACCACAACAUUUCCAGUAUUUUUUUAAUAAAAAAUGAAAUAAACCAAACUGCAACCCA